AUGGCAAAUGACUUUCUUGUUUCAAAAUGGAGAAUGUGGUUUUCCUGGUUUGACCACAACAAAGACGGCAGAAUUAGUACGGAAGACUCAGAGAGUGUUGGGGAGUCAGUGGCGCAGUGUUUAGCAGGAUGGACUACAACGACAGCGGUCUGGGCUCUGUUACCGAUCGCGGCUGAAAUUCCGACUAGUGUUCAGUGCUUGGUGAUUUACUUUAAAUUGGUACUGUUUCCAGCCUCCAGCAGCAUUGGCCUAGACUGGAUGCUGGAGAGGAAUAAAUUUGCCAACCUUCAUCAUUUAAAUGCGCAGCGGAAGAAGGUUGCUGUGGACACGUUCUCUGCAUGGUCGAAUGAGUAUGUAAUGUGGGGCAAGUCUGAAAUCACGGAAGCCGAGUUUAUCGAGUGUCAAAGAAGGGCAUUUGAGACCGAUAAAGAAGAAUUUGGAAGACGAAUGCGGGAAAACGAGGAACUAGUAUGUAAUUUAAUGGAUAUGGAUAGCGAUGGAAUGAUUACAGUGGAAGAUCAUAUGAUCAUAUGUAAGUCGACUGAACAUAACGACGAGGCUUAUUACCGGAAGUGUUUCGAUGUUUAUAGUCCUGAUGAUGGGAAAGUUCCGGUGAAAACACUGGUAGAGUUUUGGACACGAUAUCUUACCUGCGACGAUGACACCAAACCAGAUGCGCUUGUGCAAUUCUUUAAGGCUGACAUUUAA